AUGGUCAACGAUCCUUUGAAGAAGCGCAAGAUUGCUGUGCUUGGUUCUCGCUCAGUGGGAAAAUCAUCCUUGGUCGUUCAAUUCGUGGAGGGACACUUUGUGGAAUCAUACUAUCCCACCAUUGAAAACACGUUUACGAAAUCUAUCAAGUUCAGGAAUAUCGAAUACGAUUGUGACAUCAUUGACACUGCCGGCCAGGAUGAAUACUCGAUAUUAAACAACAAACAUGCCAUUGGUAUCCAUGGUUACAUUCUGGUCUACAGUGUCGCAUCUCGGGUUAGCUUUGACAUGAUUCAAAUCAUUCACGAAAAGAUCUUGACUUAUUCUGGAACCCAAAGAAUUCCUUGCGUUGUUGUAGGGCAGAAGAGUGACCUUGUAAACGCCCGGCAAGUGCCCACAUCUGAGGGCGAAAAGCUUGCUACAUCACUGGGGUGUGCAUUCCUUGAAACCAGUGCACGAACUAAUACCAAUGUUGGCAAGGCAUUCGAUACAUGUUUGGCCCAAAUUGAAGAAUCAACUAACCCUCCACCCGAGAAUCCUUCCAAGUGCGUUGUUAUGUGA